AGUCGAGUCAAAGAGCUUCAGGGGAAGCUGGAGCAGGAGAUCACUGAGCUGAAGAGGAAAGACGCUGAGCUGAAGGAACUCUCACACACAGAGGACCACAAGUUUCUCCAAAAUUACUUUUUGACUACAAGCAAGAUCAUUUCAAGAUUUAUCAAGAUCAAACCCAUCAAUCUGAGGUACUUUAAGGAUGUGACAGCUGCUGUGUCAGAGCUCAGAGAUAAACUACAGGACGUUCUGAGAGAGAAAUGGACAAACAUCUCAUGGACAGUGAGUGAAGUCGAUGUUUUAUUGCCACAACCAGAGCCAAAGACCAGAGCUGAGUUUUUAAAAUAUUCACGUGAACUCACACUGGAUCCAAACACGGCAAAUACACGUCUAUUAUUAUUUGAAGAGAACAAAAAAGUAACUUUCAUGAUGACAGAACAAUGUUAUCCUAGUCACCCAGACAGAUUCACUGGAUGGCUUCAGGUCCUGAGCAGAGAGUAUCUGACUGGACGUUGUUACUGGGAGGUGGAGAAAGGCGAAGGAGGAGUUUCAGUAGUUGUAACAUACAAAGACAAUAACACUGUAAAUGAAAGAUUUGGAGAUAAUGAUAAGUCUUGGGCAUUGGGUUUUUACAAAAGUCGUUACGAUUUCAGACAUAACAGUGUCCAAACUCCCGUCU